CUGCUACUUAUUAUCAGCGUUAUCAACACCGCUUGUGAACAUCUGACUGCUUUAUCAUUCAUUAUUUAAGAUUUAAGAACACUCCGUAGCCGAAGUCUAACAAUUUUAUUAUGGAACUAACAUUUUCCAAAAUGACAGUAGAUACAAGUCUUGCUCAGGAAUAUUUAAAAAAGAAUGAAGCACUGUCGGAGUUGUAUAGUGACUAUGAUGCCAAUGUUAAGAAAAACCCCAGUAGACAUGGAGGAGUUUUUAAAAAGGUGUUAGGUUCAUACAAUGAUGAUGAAACCCAGAAUAUCCUGUGGCAGUUAGCCGCUAACUUGAAACAGAACAGUGAACUAAUUGCGCAGUUGGAAUACCACAUCAGAAAAAUACCAAUAGAAGACACCAAGACACAAUUAAAUGUUCUCAUCCAGUAUGUCAAAAGCUAUUUUGGAAUUAAGAAAGAUGUCAUUGAUAACAUUAAAAGUGACCAACAUUUUAUGGUUGGCGAUCCUCUUCUUAAUUUGGCGCAAGUGGUGUAUAUGAUGGUGCAUAAACAACAUGACCAUAUCAUCCUCUACACCACCACCAAGGAGCCUGUGGCGAUCUGUCACCUGUUUGUUACUCUCUGCCAUCAAGCUGGAUAUAAGAGCCUAUUGUUAGAGUGUCGACACAACUCCCAGCUUGCACAGGCAGUGGUUAACAAGUACGGUACUGUGGCCGUUGUUGCCGAGGAUACCGAUGUAGACUCUGCAGUUGAUAAGUUCCUCUCAUCGUCCAAACAGGUGCCCUGGUACCUGCGCAGAAUUUUAGUUCAAGAAAGCGUUUACAAGCAAUUCAAGGACGCACUUAACUGGAAAUGUUCUUUAAAGAAUAAUGAAAAGAAUGCUGUUGGGCCCAGCGUGUUGUGUUCUCAAGCUCUCACUUAUGAAGGACGGACGUUCCUCAUAGACCCCGUGCAAGUUGUAGAAGCACAGCAAUCCUUCGUCAUUGUCGAAGCUUACAGGACUGCGAAAGAAGUGAUAUCCAUACUCCAACAAGACGAACCUCACUACUUGUCACUGUGGAUAAAUGGAAUAGCUCAAAUUAAUGAAUUCACUCAGAAUACCAACGCAGCCGUAGUUUGGGUGAACAAUAUCGGCGACAUCAGAGGACCUCCUCUCGUAGCACGAGCACUCCACCCCGUACUCCAAGAUAAAUAUCACAGUACUACAAUUUUCAACGAAAAAAAUGAUAGGAUCGCCAAACUGGUCAAGCUCUCCCAGCCGUGGUCGAAAAUGGAUUUGGAUAGCCGUCGCGAUAUUCUUAUGAAUGUAUUACAAAAAUAUAUGUUAUCUGAUCCACAAAACUUAGACUAUACUCACGUAAGGAAGUCACUUCUGAACUUGACUAGCGAGUCUUUUGUGCAGACUGGAAAAGAUUAUACUUGUACGGGAUUGUGGAAGCCUGCAGGUUUUAUUGCCCUUCCCGCCACCGAAUGGUCUUUAAGUUUGGCAGUUACUUUGGCUCUACAAGGUAAUGCGUUAGUUUUCUACUCACUUGAAACUCCAAGUAAAGUCCCGAAUGUUGAAUUACUUGAAGCAGCUGGAGUGCCUGUUGUUCAUGUAGAAAGUUGUCCCAGUAAACCAAUUACCCCUGGCCUUCGUGGCCCAACGCGAACCCUCCAAGUCAUCUGGACUAAUUCGGGAACAAUUUUCGCGAACUAAUACUUUUAAUUAUAAUGUUAUACAUAUUAUAAAUACUUAUAUUACGUGUUAUGUAAGCGUGCUAUAUUAUUUCCAUGUUCAAACAAAUUUUAUACAAUAAUAUAUUUUUUUA